AGCUUUGAAGGUUAUCCGUCUGGAUCUUUUGUUGACUUUGCAUGUGAUGCUGAUGGUACUCCUAUACUUGCUGUAAGCAGUCUAGCAGAGCACGCUAAGAAUUUGGCAACUAAUCCAAAAUGUUCAUUGCUCGUGGCAAAAGAACCUGAAGAUAGGGGAACUUUAGUGGUCACUGUUCAUGGUGAUGCUGUUCCUGUUUCUGAAGAAGAUAGACCUGCUGUUCGUGCUGCAUAUUUGUCCAAGCAUCCAAAUGCGUUUUGGGUUGACUUUGGUGACUUCCAAUUUGUGUACAUCAAACCGAAAGUGAUACGAUACGUGUCGGGGGUUGCAACAGCUUCUUUGGGUUCAGGAGAACUAAGUAGUGAAGAGUACAAGGCAGCACAAGUUGAUCCGAUAGUUCAAUUUGCAAAGCCUGUCAUGUCUCACAUGAAUAGGGAUCAUACUGAAGAUACAAAGAUGAUUGUGAGACACUGGACGUCCAUUCCGGUUGAUUCAGCCAUCAUGCUAGAUUUGGAUAGCCUUGGUUUUAACGUCAAGGCUAGUUAUCAGGGGAAUUCAUUUAAGCUUCGUGUACCUUUUCCAAGACGAGCAGAAAAUAGAAAGGAUGUCAAGACUCUUAUAGUUGAAAUGCUAGAAGCUGCCAAGCCUCAAGUUUAAUCACCUUGACAGGAAGAUGUUCUUGAUCUUCUCUUUGUAAUGCUUAAAUUGAACUGGCCACAACUUUUCUGGCUUGGCUUGCUCUUUGGCAUGCUAAAGCAUUAACAUUCCCUCUCACGAAGCAGUUUUAAGUUGUACAUGGUAUCUAUGAACGAACCCAUACAUGUAAACUCUGAUAAUGCUCACUUGUAAAUUCAUUUUAUUUUUUGUGAAUGAAAUGGCAGUAUUCUCUGGCAA